AUGUUGUCUGGAUCAGGUGUAUUGUCUUACUCCGACGCACCAUCACGUCAAGGUGGUAGUUUGGCACCAGGUGCUCCUAUAGGAGUACCGCCAGGCCAGACGGAUCCGUCUCAAGCGGGUGGUGGAGCACAACAACAAGGUGCCAUAACGUCAAGUGGAAGUGGAUUACCAGUGCUUUCCGGUGGAGUUCAGUUCCAGUGUCCUCGUAGGCCUAAUCAUGGUCUUGAAGGGCGUUCGAUACUGCUUCGAGCAAACCAUUUCGCAGUGCGCAUGCCUGGCGGGACAAUUCAGCAUUACCAUGUUGAUGUUUCACCUGAUAAAUGUCCUCGUCGAGUGAACCGGGAAAUCAUCCUUUGCAUGAUACGCUCGUUUGGAAAAUACUUCAGUUCGAGUAGGCCUGUUUAUGAUGGGAAAAGAAACAUGUAUACACGCGAACCGCUGCCAAUUGGUAGGGAGAAAAUGGAGUUUGAGGUGACUCUUCCUGGAGAUUCAGCAGUGGAGCGUCAAUUCACCGUCACUGUUAAGUGGGCUGGACAAGUUUCGUUAUCAACAUUGGAAGAUGCUAUGGAGGGCCGUGUGCGCCAGGUUCCAUUUGAAGCCGUCCAGGCGAUGGAUGUGAUUCUCAGACAUCUUCCCAGUCUUAAAUACACACCUGUGGGUCGUUCAUUCUUUUCUCCACCGGCGCAACAACAUGGGCAGUACCAUAUGGAAAGUAAAUUAGGUGGAGGUCGCGAAGUCUGGUUCGGUUUUCAUCAAUCUGUUCGGCCCUCGCAGUGGAAAAUGAUGCUAAAUAUUGAUGUGUCUGCUACUGCGUUCUAUCGGUCUAUGCCAGUAAUAGAAUUUGUGGCUGAAGUUUUAGAAUUACCAGUUCAGGCACUCACAGAACGUCGCGCUUUAUCGGAUGCUCAACGUGUAAAAUUCACGAAGGAGAUUCGCGGACUUAAAAUUGAAAUCACCCAUUGUGGUCAGAUGCGGCGUAAAUAUCGCGUUUGCAACGUUACGAGGAGACCUGCUCAAACCCAGACCUUCCCUCUACAACUGGAAACAGGUCAAACAAUAGAGUGCACUGUGGCGAAAUAUUUUUAUGACAAAUAUCGUAUUCAACUGAAGUAUCCGCAUCUGCCGUGUCUUCAGGUUGGACAAGAACAAAAGCAUACAUAUCUGCCACCGGAAGUUUGUCACGUAGUACCCGGACAGCGUUGCAUUAAAAAGUUAACUGAUACGCAAACGUCAACGAUGAUCAAGGCUACCGCACGUUCCGCACCCGAACGAGAACGCGAAAUUGCCAGCCUUGUUAGGAAGGCUGAGUUUUCUGCAGAUCCAUUCGCUCAUGAGUUCGGUAUUGCGAUCAACUCAGCUAUGACAGAGGUGAAGGGUCGUGUUUUGUCAGCUCCAAAACUUCAGUAUGGUGGUCGAAAUAAAGCGACCGCUUUACCAAAUCAAGGUGUUUGGGAUAUGCGUGGAAAACAGUUUCACACCGGGAUUGAUGUCAAGGUUUGGGCGAUAGCCUGUUUUGCGCAGCAACAGCAUGUAAAAGAGAACGAUUUGCGCAACUUUACUGCUCAAUUGCAACGUAUCUCAAACGACGCCGGUAUGCCUAUAGUAGGUCAGCCAUUUUCAGUUAAACCUUGUAAUUAUGGAGUUUUUAAAUUAAAGUUCGCAUAUUGUAUUCUCCUUGUUGUCGUUAUUCUACCGGGUAAAACCCCAGUAUACGCCGAGGUAAAGCGAGUUGGAGACACCGUAUUGGGGAUUGCUACACAAUGCGUGCAGGCGAAAAACGUCAUCAAAACUACGCCACAGACCCUGUCGAAUCUUUGCUUGAAGAUGAAUGUGAAACUGGGAGGAGUAAACAGCAUUUUGCUCCCUGCAGUACGCCCUCGGAUUUUCAACGAACCUGUGAUCUUCUUUGGUUGUGAUAUUACACAUCCUCCUGCCGGUGAUUCUCGUAAGCCAUCAAUUGCAGCUGUUGUUGCCAGUAUGGAUGCACACCCUAGCAGGUAUGCAGCCACUGUUCGAGUGCAACAACACCGUCAGGAGAUCAUCUCUGAUCUUACUUAUAUGGUUAGAGAGCUGUUAGUACAGUUCUAUCGCAACACACGGUUUAAACCCACGCGUAUCGUUGUAUACAGGGAUGGAGUGUCAGAAGGGCAAUUUUUCAACGUUCUGCAAUACGAGCUGCGUGCUAUGCGUGAAGCUUGCAUGAUGCUAGAGAGUGGAUAUCAACCCGGAAUCACUUUCAUUGCCGUGCAAAAACGACAUCAUACACGACUUUUUGCCGUUGAUAAAAAGGAUCAAGUUGGCAAGGCUUUCAACAUUCCUCCGGGAACAACAGUUGAUGUAGGUAUUACACAUCCAACAGAAUUCGAUUUCUAUCUUUGCUCGCAUGCUGGUAUCCAAGGAACGUCGCGACCGUCUCAUUACCAUGUUUUGUGGGAUGAUAAUGAACUAACAGCUGACGAACUGCAGCAGCUUACAUACCAAAUGUGCCACACAUACGUGCGUUGCACACGUUCUGUCUCGAUCCCUGCGCCAGCGUACUAUGCCCAUUUGGUUGCUUUUCGAGCUCGUUACCAUCUUGUAGACCGGGAACACGACUCAGGUGAAGGUAGUCAACCAUCGGGCACUUCAGAAGACACUACACUGUCAAACAUGGCCAGGGCCGUGCAGGUGCAUCCGGAUGCAAACAACGUUAUGUAUUUUGCGUAA